AUUCGGAUUCUUCGAAUCUAGCCCUGAUCUCAGACACCCAGUUCCGAACGGAAGAUCUGCCGCCUGCCCUUUUCUCAGGUUUCUUCUCUGUUCGCGGAAGCGCAUUGCUCGUGGGAGGCGUUGUUUAUUAUGCGAAGAGGCGUCGACUUUGGGGAGACUGGUAGUUCCUUGAGCUGUCUGGGUCCCUGGACGAUCGACGAGGAGUUCUGCGAUGAUGACGACGGCGACGACGAAGGAGGAGAAGGAGGAAGGGAAGUGGUGGCCCGGGUGGGGUGCGUGCGCAGCUAUUCGUAUUACAGGUUGCCUCGGCACUUGCUCAAGCUCUCCAUUCUCAAGCUCGAUGGCUCCGUCUUCGAUGUUCAUGUCGAGAGAAAUGCCACGGUUGCAGCACUCAAACAGGCGCUAGAAGAUGUUUUCAGUUCAUCCCCUAAGGAUGGCCUAGGCAAGAUUUCAUGGUCACAUGUGUGGGGGCACUUUUGCUUGUCUUUCGAUGGUGAGAAACUACUCAAUGACAGGGCGUACUUGAGAAGUUUCAGAAUUAACGACGGUGAUCAGCUGUGUUUUAUUCGUCACCUGUCCACCAAUUAUUCACCGAUGAAAAGACAGCCUAAGAACCAGAAUGUCAGUCGCAGGCAGCACCAAAUGUUGCCUCCAUAUUCGAAUGAUUGUAAAGUGGCAGCAGCAGAGAACAGUGCAGAUGAUGCGGAUGAUUGGGAUUACUUCAAGUACAACAAUCGCGAAGACCACGAGAUCCCGAUGCCAGAAUUCAGGUUGGCCCACUUCCUAAGAGGAUGGCUUUCAUACUCCAGAUUAUGGGGGGUCAAAAGGAAGGGCUCGGAAGCACCUAGGCGCGCUUCCAGAUUCGCCAUGCGUUGUCUAGGAGGUGGACCUGGGAUGAUACGAUUGUGAAUCUAGUCAUCUGUAGUUAUAGACAGGAGAUAGAAGAGUUACCUAACCUGUGAGAGAACCUGUAGUGUGUUGUUGAGUGCACAUUUUUGCUUCAAGAACCUUUCAGAUUCUCUGAACUCAAUCCCGUGGUAGGUGUUUCGUAGUGUGAAUUUUUAGUUGACCGGAAUUAAAGUUUUCAAUUUCUAGUAUUGGCCGAAAGGGAGUGAUUUCAGUCUACUAGAUGAACGAGAGAUUGUUGUCUCUGGAGGGAAGUCGAUCUUCGUAACUUUUUAAAGAAAUCCAUCGUGCUGCCAUCCUCAGCACUUUGAUAU